AUGAGUACAGCUGAAAAUGUUACAUUCGAAAGUACAGCACAGCAGCCCCGCGCCAGCGAGGACGGCGACGAAGCAGCCGCCGCUAAAGUUGGCAAAGCCACCUUCUGCUUUAUGGACAGGCGGCUCAACACGCGCGUUAUUUUCGAAGGUGUGGACUUCACGCCCGACGACAUUGUCGAUAGCAGUUUUCCUACCAUGAUGGACACGUUUUCACAUGCCGCGUUCGAAGUUCGCGUGCGCUCCGCCGUCGCGAUAGUCAAACCUUCCGACAAGUCUAAAUCAGACGUGGGGGACGGCGGGCCGAAAGUGUUCGCGACUACUAUCUCCCUUGACGACAUAAAAAUCGAUCACACGCUCAACACCGAGGAGGGCUGCGCUCCCGACGAAAUCGACCUAGACAAGGCUCCCUCCGCGUUUUAUUUACCUAAAAAGUACCCCGUCAUGUCGUAUCCACCGAACAUCAUGGUAGUGUUUAAAGAAACCGAAACACAGUUCCUGUUCGAGCUGCCGUCGUUUUCAUUCGACAAAGGUACGCCGGAAGGAAAUGCAGUCGAAGAAGCGAAUGAAUUCUAUAAUUAUAUUACUGUCGGGAAGGGCAGGAAUCGAAAGAUGGUGGUGGAAGAGACUCAGACUGAGCCGGUUGUCAUCCAAUCUCGACAUACGCUGGCGGUUCGACCGCAGAAGAAAAAUGCCGCGAGCUUCGCCUCCUUGUGGGACAUGCACGACACGUAUGAGAAGCUGAGGCGAGCGCGCGCUAAAGAGGAGCCCGACGAGAUGGUUCUCUACCAGUCCGCGGACGCGAAGCUCCUGCGCAAGAAGAAAGUAGUCGACGCCGGCCCGGACCACAUGCGCGGAAAAACUUUCCAAGAGAUAGGAAAAACUCAUAAUUUCUACGAUGCCGUACUGUUAACGGAACGUGUCUUAGCUGCUAAAGCUUACUCCGAUGCGCAAAAGAAGUUCAGAGGCCUCGUCCCUAUGGAUCCGCUCUCGCUCGACUUAGUCUAUGUUUACACGAUCACACAGCUGUGGACGUUCGAGUGCAGCGAGACUGAUCACCAUCCCGUUGUGAUGAUGGCUUUUAAUCCUAGCAACGAAAACAUAUUGGCCGUGGCUUACGGCGAUAUUGGAUGCGCGAAGCAAUUUGACGGGAUCGUGGCUGUCUGGUGCACGAAAAACCCUAUCAAACCUGAGCGUUUUUACCGCUUCGUCGAACCUUUAACUUCUAUAGCAUUUUCCGCAAAAAAUCCUAACUGGCUCGCUUGCGGUUUCGCCAACGGGGACGUUUUAAUACUGGACGUCACCUCCUACUCCAAGAAGAUUAUAGCUCAAAGUACCCGCGACACCAACCCCUGCUUUGAGCCAAUCUGGACGGUCACCUGGCGCGCGAUAGACAAGGACAAUGAAUACGUUUUAACCACAUGCCAAGACGGGAGAGUGAACCGAUUCACGAGUACGAAAACGCACGAUUUCAUCUGCACGCCUAUGAUGCGUUUAUCGACCGUCGAAGGGAGUUUGAAAGGCCUGCAAGUGACAAAAGCAUGCCUAAAGGUGGACGUGCCAAUAAAUAGACAUCCAGCGGGGCAUUGUAUUAUGUGGCAUCCGAGCAUCAGUCAUAUUUACUACGUGGGUACGGACGAAGGUUGCAUCCACCAAUGUUCGAAGAAUUAUCUGAACCAGCAUAUGGACGUGUUCAGAACUCACGCGGGCCCCGUGUACGCUUUACAUUGCUCCCCGUUUAUGAACAACUUGAUGAUGACUUGUGGCGCCGAUGGAGCUAUAAGGUUGUGGGUGGAAGGGAUAGACGACGUUAUAAUGACGUUAACUUGCAAAGGGGCAGUUUACGAGGCGGCAUUCUGCCCUGUAAAUGCGACUAUAAUUCUUACGAUCAGUACUAACAUAUUGUCUAUCUGGGACUUGCGGAGGAAGACGCAUAUUCCUUGCGCGGAGUACACGCUGACGGACGAGGGGAUCCUGACGUGUCUGAAGUUUGGCGAGGGCGGGGACAGCGUGUUCGUGUCGGACAGUAUGGGCAAGGUUCACACCUUCCACCUGGAGGACACGCCGAUCCCGCCGUAUUAUCAGAGAAAAAUGUUGGACGACGCUAUUAAGAAAGCUUUGUGUACAAGACCGAACUUGUUGAAGCAGCUUGAGAAAAUGGCGUCUUAUCAGAAGAAACACCAUUAA